AUGCUCCUUUGUCAAUAUGGAGCAUCAACAUUGGCCAAAUUCCUUCGACGAUCGAUUGUCAACACCAUGAACACGGAAGGAGUGGCAGGUAUCCCAUCUUUACCUACGGAAUCUAUGAGGACUGGUCGGAUGUUGGUGAACGGGGCGAGGGCUGCGUCCACGAUACCUCGACCUCGAAGUACCCCGCAGCCGCAGAAGAUAUGGCAUCCCAACCAUGGAAUCGUAUUCCAACCAAGUCCCCGACCUGGCAUAGCUCGAAUGACCUCGGUAGCUGCUGUGAGUAUGGAGCGGGAUAUGGCGUUACAUUCAAAUGCGGAAGACAGUUAUGUGUUGGCCUCAUCAGGGAUGUCUGCGGUCGAUUUGGCUAUUCAGCGAGAUAUAGAAGGAGGUAAAGAGGUCCCUAAACCUUUUCAAAUCCCAGAUCCGGUAGAGGUACCAUAUGAUCCCAGGUGGGAUGCUCUUCCUGAUCAGACUGGACAAACAUGGAAGAUGCCAGAAGAAUUGUUUCGAGCUGCCAAAGAUGCCGAGCCAGGGACACCGGAAUCAUACUGGUCGCAUUCAUUAUAUCGUGGCCCUCCGGAUGAGGGUAAACCAGACGGAAAAACAGUCACUGUUCAUUAUUGCAAGAGUAAACAUACUACGGAGCGGAUUCUGGCAACACAUUUUGCCGAUUCGAAAGUGAUUGGAUUUGAUAUUGAGUGGCUAGCAAAUGCCAGUAAGAGUGCUGGGCCGAAACAGAAAGUAUCAUUGGUACAAAUCGCCAAUGAAGAACGAGUUGCGCUUUUUCACAUUGCUUUAUUUGCAGGCAAUACCAAGGAGGAUCUGGUACCUCCAACACUGAAAAAAUUGAUGGAAGACCCCGAAGUUACCAAAGUGGGAGUAGCAAUCAAGGGCGAUUGCACACGAAUACGAAACAAUUUGGACAUUGAUGCAAAAGGCCUCUUUGAACUGAGCCAUCUUUUUAAACUCAUUAAAUUCUCCGAAUCGAACGAACACCAAUUAAUCAAUAAAAAACUCGUCUCACUCGCCACUCAAGUCCAGGAACACCUUCAUCUCCCUCUGUUCAAAGGCGGCGACGUAAGAUCCAGUGAUUGGAGCCGGAUACUAGAAAUCAAACAAAUCCGCUACGCAGCUUCAGAUUCCUACGCCGGAUUUCAGUUAUUCAAUAUGAUGGAAGCGAAACGGGAGAAGCUAGAUCCUACACCUCCUCGCCCCUAUCACGCAGAAUGCAACAUCCCAAUUCGAAUCGCCACAGGCGAGACCCUCGCUACCGACGACCCGGAAGAAGCCGAAGAGUCCAAGCCCGAAGAACCAGAUACACCUUUGCCACCCAAACGCAAGUCGACUAAGAAAACGCUCACUUAUUACGACGAGUCUGGUGAUUUCGACUUCAAAGAUGUAGAGCCUGAAACGACAUUUCAAGCCGAAGUUUUCGUCCCCGUACCGGUACGAAGGAGGGCCCCCCGAUCUAAAGUCACGGCUCUAAAAGAAGGAAAUCAAGAAGACUCAACGCCUCUCCCAGCAGAAGAAUUGGAAAGUCAAGACGACUCGCCAAAUGCAACACUCCUCCAAACAGACCUAGAAACUCCAGACGACACAAACGCAACGCUCCUACAAUCAGCAGAGUCAGAAGCCCUCUCCCACAUCACAACGUCCACUUCCACCUCAUCCACAUCCACACCAAACCUAUCAACCCUCCGCACCUACUUCCUCUGGUCCCAGAACCCUUCGCUCUCGCUCGAGGACAUAGCGAGUAUCGAACGCGAUCCACCGCUUAGUAUACAGAGUGUAGUACGGCGGAUCCUGGAGGUCGCAAGUUGGAGGACGGAGACGAGUGGUCAGGAGGUAGUGGAUGGGGAUAUAGAUAAAAAGCAGAGGAUUAGAGUUGUGCUGGGACGGUGGAGGGAUAUGGGAUUUGAAACUAGUGUAUGGGGGAGUUUGGAGAGCAGGCUCAACGGUGAGGGUGGGGUAGAAGGGGAGAAGUAG